AUGUCUGGGUCGCUGCAGAAACGCAGUUACAUGCUGUCCUAUCUGAACAUCAUCCGAGCAAUGGAGCACUUCAGCUUGUUCCUGACGUACGGCAUGCGCUACUUCGCCAUCGGCGAGCUGCCUUCACUUUUCUUGACGCAAGCCGUGCGCUCCGACACCCUCUUCUGGGAGUACAUCAACAACACUCGCUCCUACUCCAGCGAGAUGUCAGAGAAGAUCCAUUACAUCUUCGACAGGCUUCGAGGGAGAAAAAGAAAGGCGGACCGCUUGCUGUACCAGAUGCUGCCGAAGCCGAUCGCCAGGCAGCUGAAGGGAAAAGGACAGGUACCUGCCGAGUCCUUCGAAUCUGUCACCGUCUACUUCAGCGACAUCGUGGGCUUUACCAAAAUCUCGUCACAGAGCUCUCCCAUGCAGGUUGUGACGUUUCUUAACGUGCUGUACAAGCUGUUUGACAGCCGGAUAGAUCGGUACGAUGUCUACAAGGUCGAGACUAUAGGCGACGCAUACAUGUGCGUCUCGGGACUACCUAGUCGAAACGGUCAGCAUGCGAGUGAAGUGGCUGACAUGUCGCUCGACCUGCUGCAAGGCAUCCAGAAGUUCGAGGUGCCGCACAUCAAAGGCCAGCUGGUGCAGAUACGGAUCGGCCUCAACACGGGGCCGUGCGUGGCAGGUGUGGUGGGCACCAAGAUGCCGUACUGCCUGUUUGGUGACACCAUCAACGUGGCAUCGCGCCAUGGAGUCGACCGGACUUUCGUGAGUUGA